AUGCGGCCGUUACGCUGGUGGGUGGUGGCCGCGGCCGCCGCGGGCCUCGCGCUGGCCCUGGAGGCGCUGCCCUCGGUGCUGCGCUGGCUGCGGGCCGGGCGGCGGCGGCGGCCGCGGCGCGAGGUGCUGUUCUUCCCCUCGCAGGUGACGUGCACCGAGGCCCUGCUGCGCGCCCCGGGCCCCGCACCCGCGGGCGGCCCCUGCGCCUGCAGCCUGCCGCACGGCGAGAGCGCGCUGAGCCGCCUGCUGCGCGCGCUGCUGGGCGCCCGCGCCAGCCUGGAGCUCUGCCUCUUCGCCUUCUCCAGCCCGCAGCUGGGCCGCGCCGUGCAGCUGCUGCACCGGCGCGGCGUGCGCGUGCGCGUGGUCACCGACUGCGACUACAUGGCCCUCAACGGCUCGCAGAUCGGGCCGCUGCGCAGGGCAGGGAUCCAGGUGCGGCACGACCAGGAGCUGGGCUACAUGCACCACAAGUUCGCCAUCGUGGACCGGAAGCUGCUGAUCACCGGCUCGCUGAACUGGACCACGCAGGCCAUCCAGAACAACCGGGAGAAUGUGCUCAUCAUGGAGGACGAGGAGUACGUGCGGCUCUUCCUGGAAGAAUUUGAGCGUAUUUGGGAAGAAUUUAAUCCUACCAAGUACACUUUUUUUCCUCAAAAGAAGAGAAGCUGCUGAGGCGCCGGGAGGCAGGGCUGGUGUCCCUCGAGCUGGAUGAGCCGCGGGGGCCUUGGUGACAGUCCCGCUCAGAGCCCCAUGCUUCCGGGGCCAGAGUCUGUGUUCUGUGCGAGGAAAGCCAGUCCCAUGAAGUUGUUUUUUGUUAAAUAGUAAAGUUCCUUAGAGAGUGUUUGGGGUUCACAGGGAAAGAGACCGUCCUGCGAUGGAAGGGCGGGUGUUUGGGCCCAGUGCUGGGUGCCUCUGUCGGGGCCACUUCGCGGAGGCAGAUCCGAGUCCCCCUCCUGAUUCCAGGGCCCCCCCGGCUCCCCGAGGGGCCGGCCCUCGGGCCCCUGGACGCUCCCUCACCCCCCAUCCGUCUGGUGGGACCUGCGUGGUCAGAGGGUGAUGGUCUCUGCUCCCUGCUGUCGCCAGCUCCGGGGGUGGGGAGGACGGUGCAGCGAGCAGGGAGCGACGGGCCGUCCUUGGGAGUCACUCAGGAGAGCAGACGCACACUGAGGGCUUGCUGCCCGGCAGCCUCUGGUGUCUGUGAGGCGAAGUGAGCAAUUGCAACGUGUGGGAACAGGAGCAUCCAGAAGCUGCUUGUAUUUCCACGUGUUGGGGUUUGAAUUUUUAGUAUUCUCAUGUUCAGAGGAAUUUGGUUGUGCAUUUAGAAUUGACCUUCCCUGUGACCUCCGUGGCUGUGCUCAGUAUUCCCGAGGGGAGGUGGGUCUCAGGGUGGCCUCGCCCAGUUGUCCUGGUUCCUGGCACAAGGCGGGGAUGUGACAUGUUUGAACUGUCCCAUAGAGGCAGCUCAGAGGACAUCUGGAUGACAGUUGUACCCUCCAGUCACUCAGGCUUUGCAGGUGCUCCUGGGUCUCCUUACCCGUUGCCCACAGCCCCCUGGGGAUCCCGCCCCCCCCGUAGCGUGUUCCUUUCGUUUUAAAGUUACCUUUGACUUAGGGUGUCAGAUAGGUAAACCCAAAACUAGCUUUUCUUACUCAGCUGACGCUGUAAAGCACAGUUCACUAAUUGGAAGUCACAGACGUGGCUUCACGGUGACCGUGUUUGUCCCCCGAACUGGGCCCACCCCUCGAAUAAAGGCGCUCCUUGUCGGUUACUGUCUCUUCCUUCAAAUAGUGGUUAUUCAUCAUUAAGCAAAACUUUUUGGGGGGCACCAUCCAGCUAUUUAGAAACUGUUGGCCAAGACGGGAGCCUCUCAACGAGGA